GAUCAAUCUUCGCUCUGAUGUACUUUGGUUCGUCAACACAUUCGCCUUGUACACAUUCCCAUGUUUCAUGUUAUCUGUGGUGGAGGGCAAAUUGAUGGGUAUGUCUGAAAGUGUAACAAAAAUUUGAAAUAUGCGUGAGAGUAAGGUAUGAACUAGAUUUUGUAUAAUGUCAGUAAAUAUUAGACCCUUCGACGAUAUUGUGAGAGAACGUUACGAUGAUGAAAAUUAUCCAACGAAGACUUCGGAAGAACAGCAAAAGGUUGAAGAAUCAAUUGAAGACCUUUAUGAUACCUUCUCAAAGAUAGCAGAGUCAGAUGCUGAUGCUCCUUUGUUACUUAGAAGACAACAUGAACAUUUCCUCAGAACUUUACUGCGCCGUUUACCAAAAGCCUACCAAUGCCUGGAUUCCAGCAGACCAUGGCUCUGUUAUUGGAUUUUGCACUCUCUUGAACUUCUGGAGUUAACUCUAGAGCCAGAUUUUAUCUCUAGUAUUGCACAGUUCCUUGCAAGAUGUCAGUGCCCUGAUGGAGGGUUUGGCGGUGGUCCAGGGCAGUAUGCACAUCUUGCACCCACAUAUGCAGCUGUUAAUGCAUUAUGUACGCUUGGGACAGAAGAAGCAUUCCGUGUCAUUGAUAGAGAGAAACUAAGCCAAUUCUUAUGGGCUGUUAGAUCACCGGAUGGAGGCUUCCACAUGCAUGUUGGAGGAGAAUGUGACAUCAGAGGCGUAUACUGUGCACUUGCCAUUGCAAAAUUGACGAACAUUUAUACAGACUCAUUGUUUGAAAAUUCAGCUGAAUGGAUAGUCAGUUGCCAGACAUAUGAAGGUGGUUUCUCAGGCUGCCCUGACAUGGAGGCACAUGGAGGCUAUACAUUCUGUGGCUUGGCGGCAUUAACUAUACUUGGAAGAGAAAAUUUGUGCAAUAUGAAGGCACUUAUGCGGUGGGCUGUAAAUCGACAAAUGCGCUUUGAAGGUGGCUUUCAGGGUCGCACCAACAAGCUUGUAGAUAGCUGCUAUUCAUUUUGGCAGUGUGGUAUUUUUCCUAUGAUACACCGAAUACUGACACAAGAGGGUACCAGUACUGUAGACAUGGAGAGGUGGCUUUUUCAUCAGACAGCCUUACAAGAAUAUAUACUCGUUUGUUGCCAGGAUCCUUCUGGGGGUUUUGUUGACAAGCCAUCAAAACCCCGUGAUGUUUAUCAUACCUGUUACACACUGAGUGGAUUGUCAGUUGCACAGCAUGCAGUUGGGGACCGGUGCUGUAUUGUAGGAAAUCCAAUUUUAAAUGAAAUUGCUCCUGUUCAUCCAGUGUAUAAUAUUAGCAAAGAAGCCUAUCUGAAUGCUGCUCUGUAUUUUACAAAUCUACCUACAGUACGAAGAAAACGGUCGUGAGGUUUCCUUUUUCAUAGUAGAAUCCACAAGCAAACUGAAAAGACAUUAGGUGGUACAACAUUGCUUCUUACCUAACACACAAAGUGUAAAUGAUACUGUUUUAUAUGGAAUUCUUUGUAUGGACUCUGAAUAAUGAAAAAUGAAAUGGUUGGAAGCAUUGCAAUGAAGGCAUAUCUGUCGUGCAAACACUGCAUCAUCCAUUACUGGAAAAAAAAAAUUACUAAAUUCUUGAAGGACUGGGAUACCAAGAAAAAUCGUACCCUGUUGGCUUAAUUAUGUAUAAUCGCGAUGAACUUUAAACUAUAGUUCUGUCAUUGUGAUUAUGUUGUUCCAAUCUUUUGAGUUUUGGAAAUUUUAUGAUAAACCGUUAUAGGUUACUCUAGAAAGGCAGUGGACUUAACUACAGUUCUCUCCCUAAUACAGUUAACCAUAAAGUUGGUGAGCCAACACUUCUUCCUACAACCAAGAUAAUGGAAAAGUGUUGCUACAAAUACAGAUAACGCUCAUUCACAUAUUUCCAUCCCCCAUUCCUGCUCACCUCCCCUCAUUCCCCCUCUUCCGCUCCCCCAUCCCCCUCUCCUGAUGCUUUUCUCUCUAAAAUUGAGUGAAGGGAACAGGCUUGUAAGUUGAAGCAUAACAGUGUUAUUUGUUUCUCACCAAAGAAUUUGGCAGUGUUUUGUAGUGUUUAUGUUCAUGGAAAUGAGUAGAGAAUUCAUCUGACAGAUGAACAGAAUAACUCAACAAGACACGACAGAGCACAGAUUUUCUUCAGCCCUCUUCCCCCUUCCAAUAUGCUAUGCUUAUGAUUUUUCAAACCUGAAUUCAGCAGGUAAAAAUAUAGCAGGAGAGAGAGCUUUAGAUUCACAUAUGAGAUAGUACUGCAGAAUGUUAGUAUCCAGCCUAAAGAUGCAUACACAAGGUAAAAAUAAAAUUCCACCGAGCUCCAGAAUCUAUACAGCUUUCAUCAAUUUAUAUGAAACCAUCGCAUGAUUAUAUCUUUUGUAAAAAAUAAAAAUAAAUAAAUAAAAAAAAUUAUAUGUAAACAGUUGUACCAGUACUUUUCUUUUACGUGUCACAUACACAUCAGAGCAGAUGGAAUUGUCAUUAUGAUAUGCUUUCAUUGAAGAAAGAGAAGGGGAGUUUGUUGAAUGUUGUUUUGUUAUGGAUACUUUGCAUAUGUCCUUGUUGAAGAUUGAUUAGUAAUUUGAUUGAGACAGACAUAUUGACCAAUAAUUUUAGUGAUUUUUACAUGUCUGGUAAGUGAUGAAAAAUAAUAAAAAGUGAACUAUCUCUGUUUUAGCGAUGUCUGUUUACACUUCAUGUGAAUAAAAUUGUGAAAGUUUGGUUGUUAUUUAUGAAUGAUCAAAUUACAUUUUUACGCUCUUAUCUUGGAGA